UCCGUUACUUCGGUCAGUCCUCAGAACAAGUACCUCGUCCGUCCUGGCCCAGUGCUGCGGGACACUCGGUCGAAGAAUUGAAACUCAUUCCACGCUUCCCGUUGAAACCUACAUCUCACGAUGCACCGAGCUCUGACUAUCCAAGACUUCAUUCAAUUGGUGGUGAAUGAAGUCGCCAGGCCGUGUCCACUGGAAGAACGGACGCUCCUGGCUCUGGCGCUCACAUGCCGCGCAUUCCAGGAGGCCGCCUUGGACAUGCUGUGGGCUUACCAGGAUGGCUUGGGCCGUCUCGUCCAGUGCUUACCGGAGGAUCUAUGGACAUAUUCAGAUGACCCAUUGGAGGAUAUAACGCUCAGCGAACCUACGAGGGCCACCACACAACAAGACUGGCAGCGCUUCGACGUCUACGCUCGGCGGGUCCGCACACUAGAUAUUGAUGAUUCCCCUUAUUUCAAGUCCCGUACAGAGUGCCGCGUCUCAGGGCCCCUCUUUCGUUGGCUUCUCUCGUCAAGGACUUCUCAUCAAUUGCUCCCUAGUCUAUCCUUCCUUGACCUGGGGUGGGGAAGGAGAUAUCUUCCAAGUAUUACGACUCUGCGCACACGCUAUUUGGCCCGCGGCUCACUGAGCUGGACAUCAGCACCCCUCGGCUCGCCGACACCAGUAUGCUUGACGUGAUAUUGCUGCACCUCCCUCUGCGUUCACCAGAUGUCAAGUUGUUGAGAGUCAACGAGUCCCAGUACAGGGAUUCCGACUGUCAGCCCAUC